AUGCAAUUCUCUCUCGUGACCUGCUUGGCCUUCGUUGCCUCCGUCGCUGCCUUGCCCGCGGACGGCCCAUCCGCUGGGGGUGUUGGCAAUGCCAAUGGCGUUGGCAACAAGGGCAACACCCACGUCCGAUUCCCUGUCCCCGACGACAUGACUGUCAAACAGGCACAGGCCAAGUGUGGUGACCAGGCCCAGCUAUCCUGCUGCAACAAGGCCACUUAUGCUGGCGACAGCACUACCGUUAACAAGGGCAUGCUCGGAGGUGUUCUUAGCAACCUCAUCGCUAGCGGCUCUGGCUCCGACGGCCUUGGUCUCUUUGAUCAGUGCUCCCAGUUGGAUGUCCAAAUUCCGAUCAUCAUCAAUAUCCCGAUCCAAGAUUUGGUCAAGAAGAAGUGCCAACAGAACAUCGCUUGUUGUCAGAACUCGCCUUCCAGCGCGAACGGCGAUCUUAUCGGACUCGGUCUUCCCUGUGUGGCGCUGGGAGCUCUGAUUUAA